GAAAUUUUCAAUAUAUUCUUUCCUCUGCCCGCCCUUCUGCGUCGGUUAUCGAAAUCCGACAGAAAACAGAAGCUUUGCAUUUUUGGACGGGGUUUCCUUGCAACAUCUAAGUCUAAACGUCAUCGAAGCCGAGCUCAGCGAACAAAAUAUCACAAGCUUGCUACCUCGAAUUUGUUCCAACGUCGAGUUUCCUCGAAAUCUUGGACAUUGUGGUCAGUAGUGAGGGGGAUCUUGAAGAGGUCUCUUGGAAAAGCACGAGUUAGCUCAGCAACGAAACGAAACGAUCUAUCAACCAUGACAUCAACAAUAGUCGGAAUAGGCCAUCUGCUUCUUGGUGCGCAAGAGCUUGUCCUCGCGAUUCCACACCUCAUACGUCCGAUUCUUCUUACCUUUGCUCUAUUUUUUGCCGUGUGUGUGUUUAUGUGCGCAGUUGCAUAUGCUUUUAUCGCCAUGAAAUCAAGUUUACAUACGAUUGUCAAGGAUUCAGACGAUGUCUGCUCGAAAUGGAUGAGGAAAAUUGUCGCUAGUGAUGGAUUCAUUGAAAUAGGGGUAUUGGGGUACGUGGUUGUGGUUGCGUUUGGGGUAGGGAGGGGGUUGGAUUUGGUGCUUGGAGUUUGUUGGUGAGGGAGCGAGGGGGCAAUGGAUGGGACCGACGGACAUGUUGUUAUGAAAUGAGAGCAUGGGUUUUUAUUGCGCAGAGUCAACAAUCUUGACGUGUAGUGUUGAAGAAUGAGAAGAAGCCUUUGAACAAUCUUUUCAGCCCUCAGAUAUGAUUAUCAAAAUGAGAGCAUAGAGAAAGGGCUGAUGGAAUAGUUAGAUGAUUCUAGUCUUCACAAUCAUGCUUCUGAUGACUAAAACUCGGCUGCGCAGCAGGUACCCGCGGGCGGAUGAUGGCUCUGGUGGAUAAUCCGCGGGUUGUCAGUUGCGGAGCGGAAAUUCAGGAAAACCA